UAAAAGAUGCCUAUAAUUAGAGGCCGAGGACCAUUGAAUUUCAACUAGUUUAGUGUUCAGUUUUCCAUUACCCUCAGUCUGCUUCAGUCGUGUUCUGUCAGUUCGAUAAAUUUAUUUAUUUUAUUUUGUCAAUUACACAGUAGUGUAAUUGUGUUAUUUUAUUUAUCAGUACUUAAUUAAAUAAUAAUAAUAAUAACACAAGUAUACAUAUAUAUAUAUAUUUAGUGUGAUCACAUGAAAAUCCGGCUUUCGUAGUUGAAAACGAAGGACACGCAGACGCGCAUUAUUUUCCUCUCUGUUUCUAAAGUGUUCGUACGCACACCGCCAUUUUUAUUGUACAGCAUUAUAGUCAAUUGUAAUAAUCCGGUAGUGUGUUAAGUUGGUUCAUCACAUUAUCAAAUACAAUAAUUAUUGAAUUAAAAAAAAAUCAAUAAAUAUUUUAAUUGAUUUAUUAUUAAAUAAAGUAUAUUAAUAAUGAAGAUGGUAGACAAGAUUGAGAUGAGUCUGGACGAUAUAAUAAAGCAAAAUAAAGGAGGAAGAUCGCGUGGCGCGGCUAGACGAGGCAGAGGAUCCACCGGUAAUUUGCAACGACGAGGUCCUCGUGGAUCACCCAGAGCUGGUGGUGGAGUUAUGCGAGGACGUAACCGAGGUGGAAUUUCACGAGCGGCUGCUUCUUACACACGAGGCGAUGUAAAUAGUGCGUGGAAACAUGAUAUGUUCGAGGGCGUCAAAAAAGUUGGACGAGGUUCAAUCGGUAGCACAGGAACUACGAAACUUCUUGUGUCCAACCUUGAUUUUGGAGUGUCCGAUUCUGAUAUUCAGGAAUUAUUCAGUGAAUUCGGACCAUUGAAAUCUGCGUCAGUGCAUUAUGACAGGUCAGGACGUUCUUUGGGAUCUGCUGACGUAAUUUUUGAACGGAGAGCUGAUGCGAUCAAAGCUAUGAAGCAAUACAAUGGUGUACCUCUUGAUGGUCGUGAAAUGAACAUUCAAGUCGCUACAUCUGAAUUGCCUGUUACAACAUCAAUUCGUGGAUCAUCAAGACUUGCUGCUAGCAAUUUCCCCCAGAGAUCAACGACGAAUCGAUUCCGAGGUGCACGUGGGGCUGGUGCGACAAGAGGUCGCGGUGGUGCGAGUGGAAGACGAGGUGCCGGUGGACGAGGAGGAGGUACUAGAACACCAGCGAAAACCCCAACUGCUGAAGAGUUGGACGCUGAAUUGGAGGCUUACGUAAAAGAAGUCAAGUAGCCAGUUAUUAAUAAAAGUUGUCGUGAUUAAAAUAAUAAUAAUAAUUCAUUUCUUUUUUAAAUAUAUCGCGUAUAUUUCUGAUUACUAUAACACUUGAAAGUGUUGUUUGUCGAUAACUCAUAAUUAAUGAACACGAUAUAAUUAUUUAAUAAAUAAGCGGAUAAAAUUUAAAUAAUUAUUAAUAGAAAUAAAUUUUCGAAGUCUUACAAAGGACUUUAGCAUAUAAAUUACGCCUAGCACUUUCAUCAUUAUUCAUUUUGAAAAUGUUAUUGUAUCGUUUGUAAUUAAAAAAGAAAUGGUACAAAAAUUAAAGGUAAUUUAAAUAAGAUAAUUACCUUCUGAUUGAUUAAAUGAUAACAAAGAUAGAAAAUAAUGAUUCUUUUUUUCUUCGUAAUUACUUUUCUUUUUUUAAUUAAACUAACAAAUGUAAAAAUUGAUUGAUACAAUUUUGAAACAUCAUUUAGUUGUAGACUUUAAGACAAAAGAUUAUAAUGAUUUAUAAAAUACUUAUGAAUUUUGUAUGUAAUCUUCACGUGCGUGUGACGAAUACUAAUUGAAAAGUAAAAAAAAAAAAUAUAGAUUGAAUUUAUCUCGAGCUUAUUCAUUAUCCAAAGUACGAGCACAUUUUUAUUUUAUAAUGCUUUUUAUUAUAACUAUUUAACAAAACUAAAAUUGAUUAAUUUUUAAAGCAAAAAUAAUUAAAUAAAUUUUUUUUUAAAUAUAAUUUUUUUAUUUUAGUUUUAAAUUAUUUUAAUAAUUAAAAGUUUAUCUGCGAUCUCAUGUCUUAAUUAAUAAAUAGUUUAUUAAGGCUGUGAGAUUAUUUAACAUGAAUCUCUUGUCUUAGUAUACUUAUGCGUUGAUAGUUUGAAUAAGUGACAAAAAUAAUGAGUAAAGUAAUGUCACAGUGGGACAAAUGCAUUUUGAUUAAUGAAUGCGUUAAAAUAUAUUUAAUUACAGAGAAAAUAAUACAUAACUGAAACAACCUAAAGCCAUAAUGUGGUUGAAGACUGAAUCCAAAACUAUUUUCAGCCAGGAGAUAAUAAAAUGGUUUCUGAAUUUUAAAAAUUGACUUCAUUUAUUCCAAUAUUUUUUCCUUCAUUUUUAUUAGUAUAUAAGAAAGUUUUUUAAGCUCUAAUCUAUGUGAAAAAAAAUUUUCAAAAAAAUUCGACAUGUAUAGAGUAGAAAGUUUACGGGGUGAAUAGAUUUUUGAAAUGUUUCGCAUAGAGAUGCUGAUAAGGUAGCAAAAAGUUGCAAGCCACCCCAACUACCUCUUAAGCAGUAAAAUUACGUAAAUUUUUU